UUCAAACGGCGUACGCCGCUGCAGUCCUGCGCCGACAUAUAAACGCGUUGUACACACAUCGCCCGGACGAAAUAUAAUAUUAUUUAUGGUAUAACCGUAUGUAUGAUGUGUAUUGUAACGACAUUGCAGUCAACGGCGAAAACGAUAACUUAUUGCACGUCUCGUGCGUAAUCGUAUAUUGCUAGCGAUUUUCUUAUCAGGACGCCGCGUCGAAAGCCCUUCCGUUUCGACUUUUCGCGCGCGUCAUUUCGUAAAACCAUACGACUCAUCACCGCCGCUUAAUACCUAUUGGCUAUAGGUUGACUCGCGACGGCGGCACACCUCGAUCACACAUGUAUUGUUAUUAUUAAAAAAUUUAAAUCCGGGACAGCGUGAUUGUAGCUAAAUAUAUAACGGUAGUGUGAUAUUAUAUUAUAUCGUCCUCUACGAUGCCGUCCGUCACAAAACAUGUUCGCACGUAAAUUGCGGUGCACACCGCUUUUCCGGCUUCCGCUAAACAAGACAAGAUUAUAUAACGAUUUUUCAACAAUUGUUUGUUUAAUUUUGUAUGUUGUUGACUUACCGCCGCAAACGACGACCUGGUGCCUACCGAUCGUUGCUUGCAGAUAGCGACCAUUGGAGUCUGUGCUUUUGACACAGUCGUGUAUAUAUCGCUUCACUCGUUAUGUGUACUUGAAUCCUAGUACCUAACAAGCACGUCAGUCAUCUGGAGCUUCGUGGAAUCCAAAUAUUAAUAUAUAGUUAUUACUUUGCGUUGACGGAAAUCGGUUGUUCGUUUUAAGGAUCUGCGACGUAAAGGAUUAAGGAUGCGUUUACGUUUACGUGACCACGGAUUCGCACUGAUCGCUUCAGAUGCCCGCGUUGUCGUCGACGAAGAGUCGACAAACAAGAUGAUGUCAACGAUGGUUGUUCGCAAACUGUUUUUGGGCAAGCGGGAGAAACAACAGCAGUCCAAUAAGAGCGAGAAAAUUACUGAAGACAAUGCUAAUAUUAAAAUGGAUUCUGGAUUCUUGUCUGGUGCCAAUCUGUCUUGUGAUAUGUUUUCCAAAGAAAAUAUUGAAUACGAUACAAAAAAUGAAGAGCUCAAUUUCAAACAACCGAAAGAAACACCAAAAAUUGUCGUUGAUAGUGGCUUGGAUAUCUGUGAAUCGGGUUGCUUGAGUGAAUUGGAUGUUGACCAGAAAGAUGCCUGCAAACCUUAUUCCAAAACUGAACACAAUUGGCAGCUUUAUUUUCAACAGAAUGAAGAUGGCGACACGCAACUUCAUCUUUCUAUUCUCCAUGGAUAUAUCCAAGUUUCAAAACGGUUAAUUGAUAUUUGUCCAGAUUCCAAACUUUUAGAUAUACGAAACGAUGAUGGCCAAAGUGCUCUCCAUUUGGCUGUUAUCACGAACCAGUGUGAAAUUGUAAAAUACUUAAUGAUGGCUAAUGCCAAUGCAGAAAUAUUAGAUUGUAAUGGCAAUACAGCAGUUCAUUUGGCAUGUUAUGGUGGAAAACUUGAUUGUUUGAGAAUAUUAGCUAGUUAUGUAUUAUUGCCAAAAAUAUUAGAUACUAUUAAUUAUGAUGGUUUAGCAUGUAUUCAUAUUGCAACAAUCGCUAACCAUCCAAAUUUACUUAGAUUUAUUGUUAAUAGUUCAAAAAAUGUGAAUAUCACAGAUUAUAAAAGUGGAUACACGGCAUUACACUUUGCAGUAGCUCUAAAUAGAGCUAAUCUAAUUGAAUGUUUAUUAGAUAAAGUCGAUCCAAACAUUGAGAGUUAUGCUGGAAAAUUAGCAUUUGAAAUUGAAGGUGAUUAUGAUGAUGAAGAUGAAGAAGAUAAUGAAAUUUCCGACGAUCUUGUGAAUUCAAUGAACGUACUUCAGUUACCUAAUAACAGUUCAAUCAAGUGUUGAAGAAUUUAUAUACCGAUGUUGUUUUAUCUUUUCCUAUAUUAGCAUUCAACCACCUGAUUAUAAUUUUUAAAAUCUAGAUAUGUUUAAAUUAGUACAUUAAUAGUUAAAUGUGUAUUUUGUAAUUUUU